CUGUUCUUAUGGGAAGAAAAUCUACGAAACAACAACGAAAUUCAGGGAAAUAUUACAAGCGCUAUUCAUUUAUUCAGUAAAAUGAAUUGAUGAAAUAAAACUUUUCACGAUUCAUUAGCAAAACUUUUGUAAUAUGAUAGGAGCCUUUAUUAAACAGCUCCAGUCAUUAAUAAUCCAGAUUUUUAAACGGAGAAGGUGUAUUCAAAUUAAUACAAUACAUAAAUUUAAAUAAAGAAGUGUCGCGUUGAGUGCGCUUGCAUGGCGCGUAAGAAAAUAAGCGAUCCCACCAACACUUAAAUGGACUUCUGUUGCAUUGAAGGAAGAAAGGAGGUAGAAAAUAUUGUCAAAGAACGUGAAGAUAUUGAAGAAUUGCUAGGAUGGUUUGGAGACAAUGCAUGGCUUGCAACUCGAAGGUCCCAGUGUCCAAGAGAGCUUGUGUUUGUGGUCAUGUGCUCACAGAGAGAAAGAUGAUUGGUCGAAAGCGAUAUUCAGGAUAUCGAGCUAUGUUGUAUUCACGAAAUGAUCAAAUAAAAAACAUUAGAAAGACAAAUAGUCCAAUUCAGAUGAUUUCUAUAAGAAAUAAGCGUUUGACGCGAGAGCAAAAAACUAAAAGAAAAUCUCAAAAUGAAUUGACGCGAGAACGAAGAACUAAAAGAAAAUCUCAAAAUGAAAUUAACACAGUUGAUAAAACACAACUGGCAAAGACCUCAAAUACUACGGACUUUAAUUGCCGUGAAUUUUAUGAAACUCUCGAUGAUGCUCUUAGUGAGAUUAACAAGAAAAUAGCGAAACAAAAAUCAAUAUGGAUGAUUUUAAAGUCCGACAAGUGAAAACUCGAUAUCUCUCACAUGUUGAGAUAGGUUAAGUAUGAUACGAUGUCCCUCACGUACCAAGUUAUUGCUCGGUUGCCUAGAAAUCAUGUGAAAUGAACUAAGUGAAUGACGAAAUAAGCCCCGGGAGCGUCAGGCAUUACCAACAACGGAGGUCUCAUGUCAUAACGCAUGUAUACAUUUCUGCUGUGUUGACCACAAGAACCAAUGAGCUAAAUGUGUAUUAUUGGUAUUUACGGAUGACAGGUAAGCAUUUUGUAAAUACGAUGUCAUGUGAUACCCCACACAUUGACUGUGUACAAUAACGUUAUGGGAUUAAUGUCAUGGCAACGGAAUACAAUGAACAUACAUAUACACAAACCAAGAUAUAAACUGCAAGUAGAACUUGUUGGUAAUAAAAUAAUUAUCGUAAAUGGAUCAAAUGGAGCAUAACUAUAAAAUUAAAAACUACAAAAGUUAUGAAGAUCGAGGACCGUACGAGAAAACAUUUUACGCUUUAAAUCGACCCCAGACUUAUUGGAGUAAGAAAGAACAAGAUCGCUUCUGCAAUAGAUUUACCCAAAUUCACUGGAAGAGUGAAAAAAGACCGCGUUUGUUGCCAUCACAAGAAAUGGAGCUUCGAUAUUUAAGAAAAGAUGGAUUUGAUGUUAUCUCAAAGGAAAUUGAUCAAAGACGAGACGAGCUUUGGUAUCGUCAAGCGCACACGAGAGAAGUUGAAAGAAAGAUCGAUUUAGCAAGAAGCGAGUUUUCACAUAAGACCGCCAGUGAAAGACCAAAAUAUCUUCCUCACAAAGUAACGCCACAAUCGCUGCACAACAUUUAAGAUGUAAAAUUAGGAGAGUGAUCCAUUGAAGACAACCAUAGUUUAUAGAGCAUAUUUUUAUGAUAUCAAAUAUUUCUAAUAUAGUUCGAAAAAAGUCUAAUUACAAGAAAGCAAGAUUAUGACA